UAUGGCCGAUACUGGAGAACCAAUAGUAUUAUUAAAUUAAUAAUAAAGGAUAUUACGGUUUAUAAACCAAGUGCAAAAAAAAAGUAGAUAUGUCAGCAGACUUCUGGAAUUCAUCUCAACGAACAAGAUGGCAAUUCACUCGGCAUUCAUUGUUGGAAGCCCGACGGAAAGUAUUAUUGCUUGAACGGAAAAUGAUUCAAAAUGGGUUAAUUAAAGACUAUCCUAAUAUUAAUUAUGAUUAUAAUAUGAGAAUAUAUUUACAUAACUUAUUAGUCAAAUUGGGGAGACGAUUGAAUAUUCGACAAGUUGCAUUAGCUACUGCUGAAAUUUAUUUGACACGAUUUCUUACUCGAGUAAGUUUAAAAGAAGUCAAUCUAUAUUUAUUAAUAACUGCAUGUUUAUAUGUAGCAUGCAAGAUUGAAGAAUGUCCUCAACAUAUAAGAUUAAUAUUGUCUGAAGCUAGAACACUUUGGCCUGAAUAUAUACCGCAUGAUAUAACGAAAUUAGCAGAAUUUGAAUUUUAUUUGAUUGAAGAAAUGGACCUGUACUUAUUUUUACAUCAUCCAUAUAAGUCAUUAAUACAAAUUAGAGACUUUUUAGUUGAGAAUAAUUCAAUUUAUGGAUUUACUUUAACUGAUAAUGAAUUACAAAAUGCAUGGUCAUUAAUUAAUGAUAGUUAUUUAACUGAUUUACAUUUACUAGUUCCUCCUCAUAUUAUUGCUGUAGCAGCUAUUUAUAUUACAAUUGUGCUUAAGAAAAAUCUAUCUAUGAUUCGUGGUAAUAAUGAUACUAGUAAUGCUGGUAGUAUUACAAGUGGAGGUAAUUCAAAUAGUAAUAAUGCUAGUAUUAGUACUCAUACUGGUGAUUUGAAUGGUAAUAAAUCAAUUGGUCAAAAUAAUGGAAAUUCAGGUAUUCAAGGUCAAAAUGAUCGAAAUCCUCAAGGAGGCCCAAAUGAUUUAUCAUCCAUGCAUAUAGAUGAUUUAAUAGUACUAGCCAAUGGAAGAGAUGGUAAUGAGAAUAAUCCAGCUGGAUCUGGAAAUAUUGCUGCAAAUAAUGGAGUUGGUGAUAGCAGUAAUGGAAAUAAUAAUCAUAAUGAUCCAACCAACAACAACAAUAAUAAUAAUAAUAAUCCUACAAAUACAAAUAAUAAUUCAGAUCAACAACAAACUAUAGAAAAUACUAAUUUUCAAGAUCAACAGUUGGAUGAAGAGACUAUCAAGAUUAAUAAAUUUAUGAACUUUUUAAAUCAUUCACAUAUAAAUCUUGACGAAGUAGUCGAAGCUAUGCAAGAUAUAAUUAAUGUUUAUGUGUUAUGGAAUCGAUAUAAUGAACAAGCAAUUAAAAAGGCACUACAAUUUAUGCUACUAAAUAGAUAAAAGCUAGUACUAGUAUUAAUUUAAUAGACUUAUAGUUAAUCAUAAUAUAAUUUUAGUAGAAUAGAUAAGAAUAUAACUUGUUUUUAAGUAUCCUCUGAAGUUUUUUUUUUUAUGGUUUAUGUUGAUUAAGUAUUGUAAAUUAAAAAAUAUCCCAACUCGGUAAUUAACCGUAAGUAGUAAAGUUUAAAUUAAACUUUUAUUACUAUUGAUAUACUUUUUAAAUUUGCACGUGACAGGAUGCUGCCUGCACACAGCCUCAUAGUAAAGAAAUUUUUCAGACCACACACGUUCAAAACAAGCCAAUUUUUCCUGUUUGGACCAUUGUUGAAUAAAGGAAGUUUAAACUAACACAGUGUUUAUUUCUAAUAGAAAAUCACUUAUAUUCCCAAGAGGUAAUUGAAAAAUAUAUGAAUAGACCAAUCUCCAUCUCUACUGGAAAACAUAA